AUGUCCUCAGUCAAGGCAGCCGAGCGUAAGGCUCGCAAUGCCGCCCGGAAGGCCCGUGAUCGGGCAAAGUGGGCGCGUGAUGAGAAUGUGUACUCGGCCAACUUUGUCAAGUUUCAGAAGCAAAUGGAGAGCCUAGCGCUCAUCAUCAAGGAUGUGGCCUCGGAUGGAAACUGUCUCUUCCGCGCUGCUGCAGAUCAGCUGUAUGGCGAGGUGACGAGCCACGCAGAGAUCCGUGCUGCCGUCAUGGACCAUGUCGCCGCAAACAAGGAUCUGUACCAAUGGUUUGUCGAGGAUGACGAGCCCUUUGAUGACUAUGUCGCCUACAUGCGUGAGUCGCGUUCUUGGGGUGGCCAGAUCGAGAUCCAAGCCCUCUCCAUGGUUUACUCGGUCAACAUCAUCAUCCACCGCCUCAACGAGCCGCGUUGGUCCAUCAUCAACUUUCCGGAAGACACUCGUACCCUGCACCUCUCCUACCAUGACCAGCAGCACUACGCUUCGGUCCGUCCGCUUGCUGGCCCGCUCACCGGUCCCUUUGAUCCCAUUCCUGCCGCCGGCCUCGUCUCGGGCGCGCCCAAGGUCCCGGCUGCUAAGCCACGCGAUCCUGGCGCGCCCACUGACGAAGAGCUUGUCGUCAUGCAGGCGACUGACAUGUCAGGUCCCGACGCGCUCUGUAUUGUCCGGGACACCCUGCACGACUUUAUGGGCAACGUCGACGCCGCCAUCGAGUACCUCUGUGUCGUCAAGUACCAGAGCCCACCCACGAUUGAUGCGGCGGCGGCGGCGGCGGCGGCGGCCUCCGCCUCCGCCUCGACCCCCGCUGUGGCUGCCGCAUUGUCAAUGCCUGCGACUGACGCAGCGUGCGAUGCGGCCGAUGGUCCCGCCGAGCCGACAGUCAAGCCCAAGCGCAUGACCAAGCGUGACAAGAAGCGGCUGAAGCGGGAGCAGAAGCGGCUGAAGCGGCGUGAUGCGGCCGUUGCCGAUCAGGCGGCCGCGGCUGCCGAGCGGGCGGCAGCCGCGCCUGAUGCAAACGUUCUCGAUUUUGGCGACAUCGGUGUUUAAGUCCAUCGCGCAAGCCGCGCGCUCCGCGACGCUCCACAGACGUCGCAGCGUCCAUGGAUUG